UUAAGUGCAACACUAACGCUGUGUUAUCAGUUACCUUUAAAAAUGUAUAAAAGUAAAUAUAAAACUCAUUUAGUUAUUCGGUUAAUUUAGCGAAAUGGUUUACUUAUUUACUUGACAUAAAUUUACUAAAGACGACAUGGUGAAGAUAGAGUGAUAUUUAUUGCAUAACUAUGAAAUAGGUUAUUUUUCUAUUGUCUAUAAUAAAUAUUAAAAUUUAAAGUGAUACUAAUUCAGUGCCAUGGAAAAUAAAGAAAAAAAACCACAUGGAAAGUCUUAUUUCGCGCCAUUAUUUGCGGGAGCCAUAGCCGGUGUUUCAGUAGACAUUACCCUGUAUCCAUUGGACACGCUCAAAACUCGGUUACAGAGCCAGCAAGGAUUCUAUAAAGCUGGCGGUUUCUCUGGAGUAUAUAGAGGCUUACUCACUGUGGCAACAACAUCUAUACCAACUACUUCUUUAUUUUUCAUGUCAUAUGAGACAACUAAGAAAGCAUUUGAACCGAUGGUGAAGACGCAGUACGCUUCACUUGUGCAUAUGUUGGCAGCUAGUGUCGGAGAAGUGUUAGCCUGUAUAAUCAGAGUACCAACUGAGAUAGCAAAACAAAGGAAGCAAACAUACACCGGCUCUGAGAAGAGAAGCAGCAUCCGGAUACUUGUGCAUGCGUUUCGCACUGACGGCUUCCGUAAUGGGGUAUACCGUGGCUUCUUGUCGACCGUUGUGAGAGACUUGCCGUUCAGUUUCAUUGAGUUGCCGCUGUGGGAGCUGUUCAAAACCUUCAUCAAAGAUAGGAACGAUGGGCAGAUUACAAGUUUUCAGAGCGGGCUGAGCGGGUCGGUGGCGGGCGCGCUGGCGGCGGCGGCCACCACCCCGCUCGACCUCGCCAAGACGCGCAUCAUGCUGGCGGAAGACUACGCCGCCACACGCAAGGUGCGCAUCCGGCCCGUGCUGGCCGACAUCUACCUGCAGGCCGGUCUGCGUGGCCUGUUCGCCGGCGUCGCGCCGCGCAUGACGGCCUUCAUGGUGGGGGGGUUCGUCUUCUUCGGCAUCUAUGACCAUUCGAAGACUGUCUUCGAAAAGUAUUUUGACAGAUAGUAUAUGGGACAUGCUCACAGACACAUGAACGAACAGUUUUAUAAUUGCAUAUUGCAGUUUUAAUAAUAAAGUCAACAGAGAUUUUCCUAUACAAAAGUAUUUGUUAAAUACUAUAUUUAGGUUGCAUUAUGAUAAAUAACAAAAAUGGGUAUUUUUACAACUUUGCUAUUGUUUUAAUGUAAGGCGCAUUUAAUGUCACAUUAGACAAGGUCGCGGCCGCUCGUCGUCAAACGUCACGUGAUGUCGUAAAUUAAUUACAGAUUAUAUAAAUUAUAUGUACGUAGAUUUCAUCGUUAAAGUUUAUAAAUAUUUAUUAAAAAAUGUU